CGAGUGCCGUGCGUGUCAUGCCGGCUGAGAGCACGCUGAGCGUUUCGCUGGGUGACGGAUCUGCUGAGGCUGGAGGAGUGAGAGUGAGAGAGAGAGGCUGAAAACUGAAACUGUGAGAUCCAGCCUCUGAUGGUCGACUGAAGUGGCAGAGCCAUGUCUCCUCCUCGGCUCACCGGUGCAUUGCGCUCUUUCUCUACGGUCAGCAAGCAGGAAGACUUCACACAUGAGCUUUGUGAUUUAAAGGCAAAGCGUCAGAAGAGGCAGGAACUGUUUGCGAGAGAUGGGCUGACCUGGCCUAAAGUUGUCCAGUUCUUCACACAACACCUUGAAAGGAAGGAGCAACAGGCAACCUCUCAAGAGCUGAAGAACAUUCUACAAGCAGCUAAACAGAUAGUUGGUACAGAAAAUGGACAGGAUGCCAUUGAAAGUGCUGCAGUCUUCUUGUUUAAGACAUUCCACAACAAAGACCAGAUUGGCCAUGAAGAGACGCGUGCCAUCAAGCAGAUGUUUGGCCCGUUCCCAGCUUCAGCUGCUGAAGCGUCCUGCGCUGCUGUGGGCCGACUGGUGGAUCAGUUUGGAGAAUCCCAAGUAGAGGCUUUCAUCCAGACACAGAGCUCCUUCAAGUCUGUGGAUCGUGGGGCUGCUUUUGGACGAAACAUCGCCUUCUCCUUCGACACUUACGUUAUAGACAACCAGGACCCCCUGCCCUGGGAAGAAGAGAAUGAUGAGGACCGAAGCCUGGACUUCAACAGCUUCCUCAACAACCAUGCUGGUGGGCGGAGGACUGAGGUAGAGGCGGUUGGCGCACAGUCAAGGACUGCACCGACCCAGAGCAGCGCUGACGGCUCUAUCCUCAGAAGAGAGGUGGAGAAAUACCUGAGUGGAGGCAACAUGGGCUCAUCCAGUGUAGAAGAACUGUGCACCUCAUUGUUUGAGAUGCUGACGUCCACCAGGAGUGACGAUGAACUGCAGAAUGAGCUGUUUGAGUUCCUUGGCCCAGAGGGGUUUGAGAUGAUCUCCGUGCUCCUCCAGAGAAGGUCAGACAUUGUGGAUUCUCUCCUGUCUGCCCCGCCUGACAGCAGACUCGGCUACCCACCAGAUGGGAUGCUGAAGAAUUCAGAAACUAAGCCUACAUAUGGCUGUCAGGUGACCAUUCAGUCAGAGCAAGAGAAGCAGAUGAUGAAGUUCUACCGGAGGGAGGAGAAGAGGGAGAGGAAGAGAGAAAGGCGAGGUGAUGAUGGGGAAACUUCAGAAGCCACGUUCCAUUUUGACCCCAAGGAGCUGAGAUUGCAGAGGGAGCAGGCCUUGCUGAAUGCUCGCCAGUCUCCAGUGUUCGGCCGCCAGAGAGAAUACGAACGUCCUCACUACCCUCAUGUCUAUGACGCAUUUGCUGAGGCUACCAAAACGUCUGCCUUCAUUGGAGGAUCUAAGAUGCUGCUGCCUGAGGGUAUCCGGAGAGAGAAUAAUAAGAUGUUUGAGCAGGUUGAGAUCCCACCCAACGAGCCAAUGCCCAUCGGCUUCCAGGAGAAACCUGUCUACAUUUCAGAACUGGAUGAGAUUGGACAGCUGGUGUUUAAAGGUAUGAAGCGUCUGAACAGGAUCCAGUCCAUUGUGUUUGAGACGGCGUACAACACUAAUGAGAACCUGCUGAUUUGUGCCCCCACGGGUGCAGGAAAGACCAACAUCGCCAUGCUCACGGUUCUGCACGAGAUCCGUCAACACCUGCAGCCCGGCGGGGUCAUCCGCAAGGACCAAUUCAAGAUAGUAUAUGUAGCUCCGAUGAAGGCCUUGGCUGCCGAGAUGACUAAUUACUUCAGUAAGCGCUUGGAGCCGCUGGGCAUCUCUGUCAAAGAGCUGACUGGAGACAUGCAGUUGACCAAAGGGGAGAUCCUCCGCACUCAGAUGCUGGUGACCACCCCUGAGAAGUGGGACGUGGUAACGAGGAAGAGUGUGGGUGAUGUCGGGCUGUCUCAAAUUGUCCGGCUGAUAAUCCUGGAUGAAGUCCAUCUACUGCAUGAAGACAGAGGACCUGUCCUGGAGAGCCUGGUGGCCAGGACACUGCGUCAGGUGGAGUCGACUCAGAGUAUGAUCCGUAUUCUUGGACUGUCUGCAACUCUACCCAAUUAUCUGGACGUGGCAUCCUUCCUGCAUGUGAACCCCUACAUUGGCCUCUUCUUCUUCGACAGCCGCUUCCGCCCUGUUCCUCUUGGCCAAACUUUUGUGGGCGUUAAGACCACUAGUAAGAUCCAGCAGCUUCAUGACAUGGAGGAAGUUUGCUACGACAAAGUCUUGGAGCAGAUUAGAGCUGGACAUCAGGUGAUGGUGUUUGUGCACGCCCGUAAUUCCACUGUGCGCACAGCCAUGAGUCUGAUUGAGAUGGCCAAGAACCGAGGGGAGUCAUCUUUCUUCCAGGUGGACCAGGGUCCAGAUUAUGGUCACUGUGAGAAGCAGGUGCAGCGCUCACGGAAUAAGCAGCUGAGGGAGAUGUUCCCCGAUGGAUUUGGGAUCCACCACGCUGGGAUGCUGCGGCAGGACCGCACACUGAUGGAGAACAUGUUCUCCCGGGGCUACCUGAAGGUUCUUGUGUGCACAGCUACACUGGCUUGGGGUGUUAACCUGCCUGCUCAUGCAGUCAUCAUCAAGGGAACUCAGAUCUACGAUGCUAAACGAGGUGCUAUGGUGGACCUGGGCAUUCUGGAUGUGAUGCAGAUUUUCGGGCGUGCCGGCAGACCGCAGUUUGAUAAGUACGGAGAGGGCACCAUCAUCACCACCCAUGACAAACUGAGCCACUAUCUGACCCUCCUCACACAGCAGAACCCAAUCGAGAGCCAGUUUCAUGCCAGCCUGGCUGAUAACCUCAAUGCAGAGGUGGCUCUGGGAACUGUUACAAAUGUUGAAGAAGCUGUUAAGUGGUUGAGCUACACCUACCUCUAUGUACGAAUGAGAGCCAAUCCACUGGCUUACGGCAUCAAUCAUAAGGCCUACCAGAUGGAUCCAGGGCUGGAGCUGUACAGGAAGGAAUUAGUGGUGGAGGCCGGGAGGAAGCUGGACAAGGCUCGGAUGAUCCGCUUUGAGGAGAGGACGGGUUAUUUUGCCUCGACUGACCUUGGCAGAACGGCCAGCCACUUCUACAUCAAAUAUAACACCAUUGAGACAUUUAAUGAGCUUUUCAACGCCCAGAAAACAGACGCGGACAUUCUGAGUAUCGUCUCUAAAGCAGAGGAAUUUGAGCAGGUUAAGGUGCGAGAUGAGGAACAAGAAGAGUUGGAGGCGUUGCUGUAUAACUUCUGUCAGCUCCCGGCAGCCGGAGGGGUGGAAAACGGCUACGGCAAAAUUAACAUCCUGCUGCAGACCUACGUCAGCCGUGGAGAGGUGGACAACUUCUCACUCAUCUCAGACCUGUCUUACGUGGCUCAGAAUGCUGCUCGUAUCAUGAGGGCGCUCUUCGAGAUCGCUCUGAGGAAGCGCUGGCCAGCGAUGACCUACCGGCUGCUCAACCUGUGUAAGGUGAUUGAUAAGCGCCUGUGGGGCUGGGCUCACCCUCUGCGCCAGUUUACCACACUGCCAACCUCCGUGCUGUCCAGACUGGAGGAGAGGAAGCUCACUGUGGACAAACUCAAAGACAUGCGCAAGGACGAGAUAGGUCACAUGUUGCACCAUGUGAACAUUGGGUUGAAGGUGAAGCAGUGCGUCCACCAGAUUCCUGCCAUCCUGAUGGAGGCUUCCAUUCAGCCAAUCACGCGCACCGUCCUUCGCGUGCGCCUCACCAUUACCCCCGACUUCAGGUGGAACGACCAGGUGCACGGCUCGGUCGGAGAACCAUGGUGGCUGUGGGUGGAGGACCCCAUCAAUGACCACAUUUACCACUCAGAGUACUUUCUCCUGCAGAAGAAACAGGUGGUGAGUGGGGAGCCACAGCAGGUGGUCUUUACCAUCCCAAUCUUUGAGCCCAUGCCUUCGCAGUAUUACAUCCGUGCGGUGUCUGACCGCUGGCUGGGCUCUGAGGCUGUGUGUAUAAUCAACUUCCAGCACCUCAUCCUGCCUGAGAGACACCCUCCACACACAGAGCUUCUGGACCUGCAGCCAUUGCCUGUGUUGGCCCUGGGCAACAGAGAGUACGAGAGCCUGUAUAAGUUCACUCAUUUCAACCCCAUUCAGACCCAGAUCUUCCACACACUCUACCACACUGAUACCAAUGUGCUGCUCGGAGCUCCCACUGGCUCAGGAAAGACCAUUGCUGCUGAGAUGGCCAUCUUCAGGGUCUUCAACAAGUACCCUACUGCCAAGGCAGUGUACAUCGCUCCUCUCAAAGCUCUGGUUAGAGAGAGGAUAGAAGACUGGAAGAUCAGGAUUGAGGAGAAGCUUGGGAGGAAAGUCGUAGAGCUGACUGGUGACGUGACUCCAGACAUGCGAGCCAUAGCACAGGCAGAUCUGAUUGUCACCACUCCAGAGAAGUGGGAUGGUGUCAGCAGAAGCUGGCAGAACCGCAGCUACGUCCAGAAAGUGGCUAUUCUCAUCAUUGACGAGAUUCACCUGCUGGGCGAGGACAGAGGGCCAGUUCUUGAGGUUAUAGUAUCCAGGACCAACUUCAUCUCAUCUCACACCUCCAAACCUGUGCGAGUGGUUGGGUUAUCCACGGCGCUGGCCAAUGCACGGGACCUUGCAGACUGGCUGGGCAUUGGGCAGAUGGGCUUGUUUAAUUUCCGACCAUCGGUCCGGCCUGUCCCGUUGGAGGUGCACAUCCAAGGUUUCCCCGGGCAACACUACUGUCCUCGCAUGGCCAGCAUGAACAAGCCCGUCUUCCAAGCUAUCCGCAGCCAUUCCCCCGCCAAGCCUGUCCUGAUCUUUGUGUCAUCCCGGCGGCAGACACGUCUCACAGCGCUCGACCUGAUAGCUUUCCUGGCCACAGAGGAUGACCCCAAGCAGUGGCUUCAUCAGGAUGAGCGAGAGAUGACUGACAUCAUUGCCACAGUGAGGGAUUCCAACCUGAAGCUGACACUGGCCUUUGGCAUCGGCAUGCAUCACGCAGGCCUGCACGAGAGAGACAGGAAGACUGUAGAAGAGCUGUUUGUGAACUGCAAGAUUCAGGUGCUAAUCGCAACAAGCACUCUGGCCUGGGGUGUGAACUUCCCUGCUCACCUGGUGAUUGUGAAGGGUACGGAGUAUUAUGACGGGAAGACUCACCGCUAUGUGGAUUAUCCCAUUACAGAUGUACUACAGAUGAUGGGACGUGCAGGUCGACCUCAGUUUGAUGACCAGGGCAAAGCAGUCAUCCUGGUGCAUGACAUCAAGAAAGACUUCUACAAGAAGUUUCUGUACGAGCCCUUUCCUGUGGAGUCCAGCCUGCUUGGUGUGCUGUCUGAUCACUUGAAUGCAGAGAUAGCUGCAGGAACAGUCACUUCCAAGCAGGACGCCAUGGAUUACAUCACCUGGACUUACUUCUUCCGUCGGCUGGUUAUGAACCCCAGCUACUACAACCUGGAUGACAUAAACCAUGAGACUAUCAACAAGUUCCUCUCCAACCUUGUGGAAAAAAGCCUCCAAGAUCUGGAAUGUUCCUACUGUAUGGAAAUACAAGAGGACGAGCGCACCAUCGAGCCUCUCACGUACGGCCGCAUUGCCUCCUACUAUUACCUGAAGCACCAGACUGUUCGCAUGUUCAAGGAGAGACUGAAGCCAGAUCUACCAGUUCAGGAGCUGCUGUCCAUCCUCACUGAUGCGGAGGAGUACGCCGAGCUGCCAGUGCGCCACAACGAGGACCAGCUGAACAGUGAGCUGGCCCAGCGGCUCCCCCUGCAGGUCAACCCACACUCUUAUGACAGCGCCCACACCAAGACUCACCUGCUCCUGCAGGCCCACUUCAGCCGCGCCCAGCUCCCCUGCAGCGAUUACGGCACUGACACCAAGACAGUCCUGGACAACGCCAUCCGAGUCUGCCAGGCUUUGUUGGACGUGGCGGCGAACGAGGGCUGGCUGGUGUCUGCACUGAGCAUCUGUAAUCUGGUGCAGAUGAUUGUUCAGGCCAGGUGGCUUCAUGAUUCCUCUCUCAUCACUUUGCCUCAUAUCGAAAAGCAGAGUCUCUACCUCUUCAGGAGAUGGAGCUCCAAAGGUGGGCAGGGCGGAGGCAGGGGUUACCAAGGCCCAAUUGAAGCGCUUCCUGAGCUGAUAGCUGCCUGUGAUGGACGAGAGGAAAUCUUCACAGCCAUGGUGAAGGAGGAGCUUCAGCCGCAUCAGAUUUCUCAGGCUUGGGCCUUCUUGAGUCACCUGCCUGUGGUGGAGGUGAGUUUGAAAGUGAAAGGUUGGUGGGAGGGAUGUGAGGAGCAGACAGAGCGCGCUCUGCCCACCAACGUCACCAGCUUCAGGGAGCAGAGCAGUUGGCUGCCCGUUCAUGCAGACCAGGAGUAUGUUCUCCAGGUGUCCCUGCAGCGAAUCAACAUGGGCAGACAAAGAAGAAAGCAGGACAGUAAAGCCCAAGCUCCACGCUUUCCCAAGCCCAAGGAUGAAGGCUGGUUCCUAGUCCUGGGGGAGGUGGAGAAGAAAGAGCUUCUGGCUAUCAAGCGAGUGGGAUAUGUGCGCAACCGGAGCGUGGUGUCUUUGGCCUUCUACACACCUGAGCAGACUGGGAAGUGUAUCUACACCCUCUAUCUGAUGAGCGACAGCUACCUGGGCUUGGAUCAGCAAUACGACAUCCACCUGAACGUCACUCCCACCAGCAUCUCUGCCCAGGUCAACACUGAGGUCACUGAUAGCGUGGCCAGCAUGUCCUUCAAGUGACCUCUCUCACCUGAUAAAACUGGUACACCUGCCGCUCAGCUCGUUUUGUGUGUGUUUGAGGGAGGCGUGGGAGCAGAUUCACACAGGCCACUGCUCUCUGAAGAUCUCUGUCAACAGAACAACGCAGGUGUGACCAGACCUGACCACAGUGGACUCACUCUGACCAAAGUGGCCUUAGAAGAGAAAAUUUAUAUUAACGCUGCUGCAAGUUUUUGGAUAUGUCUCCACUCUUCUGUUAUUACUAGGAUACAAUGAAUCAUUCCUUUACAUUUUUGGGAAGCUGCUGCACAUCUCCCCAAUUGAAUCCGAAUCACUGCUUAGAGCACAUUGUGAGGGUACGAUAGGAGUAGUCGGAUAAUUAAAUGGCAUGCGAGCGUCCGUAUGUCUGUGGAGUGGGUGGGAGCAGACGUGACGGGGAUUUAUUUUAGCAGAAGGUCAGGAAUUCAGUGCAGGUGUGUAAAACAUGCUCCUCUGUGAGGGACUGCUGCACUCUACCACUGCCAGACUGUCACAUCUGUUUUAAGAAACCUCUCUCUCUCUCUCUCUCUCUCUCUCUCUCUCUCUCUGCCUUCCCUUUACACCCCUCGCCCCUCCCUCUACCUCCCUGCCUUCAAAUAAUCUGCUGUGGGACAUACAAGUGGCAAACACAUCCAGAAGGGUUGAGAAUAAGUAAUGGAUAAGUAAAAGGAAAGACUUAAAUGGUUUACAAAUGUUGAAAAAUAUGAUAUUGAUGUAUUAUUAAGUGAUUGGUUCAAAAGUAAACUGCCAAAAAUAGAUCAUAUUUCUUUUUUUUGCUUUGCUUCCUUCUAUCUAAUUCAUUCUGUUGUAAUUUCCUUCAGCUGUCCCUUGAAAUAAUUUUGCCUAAAAAAUAAAGAUACUGAAUGCA